AAUAAUGGUUUGUAAACUGAAACUGAACUAAACUCAAAACAGGUUAAUUAAUUUCGAAAUUAAGAAAGCUAGUUAUAAAAGAAUGGUCGACUAUAUAAAUAUUACAACUUUUUACCGUUAACUUUCACGUCCGCAUAUAAUAUCAAAAAGACACAAAAGAUAAUAAAUUUAUAUCAAAACAAUAUUUAACGUAUUUAUGCAAUAGUUUUCUAUGUUUCCUCUUCUAAUUUAUCCUUUUAUGACGUCAUCAUCAUCGCAAUUCGCUUCCUUAUUAUUUAUGUGCUUUACGAUGCGCGUGAGAACAUACUUUACAUUUUUAUAAAGUUAUCGGGUAUUGUUUUCACUAUGUUACAAUCGAUUACAAUACACAUAAUUUAUGAUAUAUAUGAUGCAUUUUUCACAUCAUUAAUAAUUUUAGAAACACUUUUAUUUAAUUAAUUGUUAAACACCGUUUAUUAAAUUUGAUCAAUGGAUACUGACUACAGUGUUUUGACCCUUAGCGAUGAAUCUUGUCGAACCUGUUUACAAAGCAUUGCUGACACAAACUCCCUCGACGACGAAGUAGAAUACGGCAAUGAUACUUUUGUUUUAAAUAGCUUAUUUAUUCAACUCCUACGUGCUACUAAUGUUCAAGCACCGGCGCUCAAUCAAUGUGGGGGUCAAACAUUACCAAAUCGCAUCUGUGCAGAUUGUACCCUUAAACUUCUAAGUGCUUACGAUUAUAUUUGUUUAGUGGAACGGUCAGAAACUUUGUUAAGGCAAUAUCAAAAGUCGUAUCAUACAAAAUUAAAGACAGAUGUAGAAUCGUUUGUUAUUACUGAAUUAAAAAAUGACACAAAUAAUGAAGAUAGUCAAAAUGUCGAAGAAUUAGAGACAGAAUAUCUACUUGACGACUAUAAUAAUGAGGAAGAUGUUGCAGAUGUAGAUAAGGAAAGAAGCGAUGACGAGGUUUCUAUUCAAAGCAAAAGUGAAACUUAUAUGGACGAUGAGCUUCAAUUUGUAAAAUUUGAAGCUGUAAACAUUGAAGAAGUUACAGAACAAGUAGAACAGGUUAAUAACAGGAAAAGGCAUAAAAGAACAACUCAAAAUGCUGACAUUGUUGGGAAAAAGCAAGCAAGAUUCGCUAUCGGCUCUCGCCUAGGGACAUUUGUCACAACCAAUUGGCGCAAGUGUCCUCAUUGUGAACGUGUUUUUGCCAGAAAUAUAACGUUGGAAAAACAUAUACAAACAGCACAUACAAAUGUGCCACCAGAAUGUAUUGCUGCUAUUGCGCCAAAACCUACUGAGGAUAAGCCAAUACAAUGUGACCAUUGCCCACGUACUUUCGCUAGACCCUUUGCCUUGGAGCGACAUCUAAGAGCAAUGCACCCGACGACUACGAUUGCCAAUAAUGCUGAAUCAGAUACAAAUCCCACUGACACUGCAAAAACGAAAAAAACUUACAAGCGUGGAAUAUGCCCCCACUGUGGUCGAAGCUUCGCUCAAGCAAGUUUAGUGAUACAUAUACGCCGACACACAGGUGAAAAGCCAUACCAAUGUGAUGAAUGUCAAAAGGGUUUUCCUCGACGUCAGGAUUUAGUGGUACAUAAGAGACAACAUACUGGGGAAAGGCCACAUGUAUGUACUAUUUGUGGAAAAUCGUUUACAAGACCAAAUAAAUUAUCGCGACAUAUGCGUAUACAUACUGGACUCCGACCGUACAAAUGUUCGGAAUGUCAUAAAUCAUUCACACAAUCGAAUGACUUGCGUAUUCAUAUGCGACGACAUACCGGAGAAAAACCUUAUAAGUGCAAUAUUUGCAAUGAGGCUUUUAUAAGUGGUACAGCGCUCAAAACUCACCGCAUAGCAAAUAAUCAUGCUGCACCACCUGAUGCCGAAAACGAUCCAUAUGCGAAAUGUCGAUUAAAUAAAGCAAUUAAACUUGAUACAUGCGAGUGAUUUUGAAAAGGAAAAUUAAUUAAAUAUUUAAUACCGCGAUUGCAGGUAAAGCAAUAAAAACAAAGUUCUGAAUUUAUUAUUGCUAACCAAGCUCUUAAGUGAUUAAUUUGAGAAGACGAUUUAAGAUUUGCGAUGUAACACUAGGAUAAGUAAGAUCUUGACAAGUUCCAAUGAUUUUGAUAUAAAUCCAUCAACAUUUUGACGAAGCGCAAAUUAUUGGACUCCAUCUGUUUUAAUGCGCUUAAAAUUUCAUUAAUUUUAUAAGUAAUGUUUUGAAACAAAAUAUUUAGUUUUGAAGCAUGAUUUAUUAUAUUUCUUUUCAAGCGGAUUUCUAAAGAGCUCAGUUUUAUUUGUGUUUAUUAUUACUCAACGCGAAUAUUUUUUAUAUAGUUUAAAAGUUUUAAAUUCAUAAUGAAUACACCUAUUUGAAGUCGAAUUUCUUUAUAUACAUUAAUUCCGUUUUGUUCAAUGAUGCCGAAAGAUAAUUAAAAAUAUAUAUAUAUAUAUGUAUAUAUUACCUGUAGUUAAAAUAAGAGACAUAAGCAAAUAUUUAAAUCAAGACAAAAAAAUAAUAAAAAAAAAUAAA